AUGGAGAAGUCCCCAUUAAGACAAGUCACAACAGAGAAAACAAAGUCAAGAAGAGCAUGGAAGUUGAAGCUUAAUAUCACUUGGCAGGCUAUCAAGAAGGCAGUAAGUUGCAACAUCAAGAAACGUCUGCGUCUGCGUCUUCAUUUAAGCUGUGCAAAGGGCAUGAGACAGCUUUCCACUAACCAAACCCAUCAGGAGUUAGUUGUAAAGCCACACCAAGAUGCAAAAUCAAAGAAAAAGGCCAGACAUCCCAACAAAACACUAGCAUCCCUCCUCCACGUGCCAUAUACAGCUUUGGAUUUUGUAGACAGAGGGGAUCACAUGACUCCUACGCUAUCACCAAAGCAGAAUAUAUCAACAAUGUGGAAAGAAAUCCAUGGUUCAUACAAUUGGGAGAACCUUCUUGACCCUCUCCACCCCUCUCUUCGACGAGAAAUUGUCAAAUACGGAGAAUUUGUUGAAGCCACUUAUGAUGCCUUCGACUUUGAUCCUUUAUCAGAGUAUUGUGGAAGCUGUAGGUAUAACCGACAUAAAAAUUUUGAAACAUUAGGCCUCACCAAGCAUGGUUAUAAGGUGACAAAGUACAUCUAUGCCUUGUCCCAUGUAGAUGUGCCUGAAUGGUUAAAGAGAUCCCAUACCAUGUGGAGCAAAGAUUCGAAUUGGAUGGGUUAUGUUGCUGUAAGCAAAAAAGAAGAAUCACAGAGAAUCGGCCGGAGAGACGUAAUGGUCGCAUGGCGGGGCACUGUGUCACCAUCAGAGUGGUUCAAAGACCUCACGACAAGUCUAGAACAUAUUGACAACACAAAUGCUAAAGUUCAAGAAGGGUUCCUCAGCGUUUACAAAACCAAGGAUGAGUCGACCAGGUAUAACAAGCUAAGUGCCUCUGAGCAAGUUAUGCAAGAAGUGGUAAGACUGGUGAAUUUUUAUAGAGGGAAGGGUGAAAAGGUCAGCUUGACAGUUACAGGCCAUAGCUUAGGAGGCGCAUUGGCUCUCCUCAACGCUUAUGAGGCUGCAACUGUCAUUCCUGGUCUAUUUGUUAGCGUCAUUUCUUUUGGCGCACCAAGGGUUGGAAACAUCGCUUUCAAGGAGAAGCUCAACGAAUUAGGAGUCAAGACCCUACGCGUUGUUGUCAAGCAGGAUAUAGUCCCAAAACUGCCUGGCUUGUUGAACAAAAUGCUUAACAAGUUUCAUGGAUUAACCGGAAAAAUGAAUUGGGUUUAUAAGCACGUAGGAACUCAAUUGAAGCUUGAUGCCUUUAUGUCGCCUUACUUGAAGCAUGAAUCCGACUUGUCAGGGUCUCAUAAUCUGGAGCUAUAUCUUCACCUGAUAGAUGGAUUUUUGAGCAAGAAAAACAAGUAUAGAUGGAACGCUAGGAGAGAUCUGGCAUUGGUGAACAAGAGUAGUGACAUGCUGAUAGAAGAGCUAAAAAUACCAGAGUUCUGGUACCAUUUUCCAUACAAGGGACUCAUGUUGAACAAAUAUGGUAGAUGGGUUAAACCUGGAAGACAGCCUGAAGACAUCCCUUCUCCACUUAAUAAACUGACAGAAACAGAGAGAAGCAUUCACACGCGCAAACCGGACAAAAAAUCAAACCCUUUUUCUUAUCACCGUCGUUCAGCGCCGUUCACCACUGCAGCAUCACCAAGUCACAUGCUCCCUCCCAUCAGGAUCAUCCAGCCCAAACCUUUCCAACGCCACCAGACCCACCCAAUUCCUAAGCCGGAAGACUACCCACGAGCGCGAGCAUAUAAAAAGACGUCAUUGCCACGCUCCGCAACAGAAGGUAAUUUCAGCAUACUUGGGGAGGUUAUUGUGAUUUGGGCAUCGAGGGGAAAAAAAAAUUGGGAGGGGGUUCAAGAGGGGGUCAACUAUGUUGAAUUAUUAAUGGUUCAAAUUGGAAAGGAUGAUGAACUUCCAAGAAGAAGACAUAAGCCGUCACAGUGA